AAAGACCUUUUUCCUGGUUUUCUCAUCUCAUUUUCUCACACUUUCCCACCACCCAAAUAACAUCAUUCUCGAAAACUGCGAUUGAUCCACUUGUAGUAUUUUUCAUUUACAUAGUUUCUCUAAUCACACCAAUGCAGCAAUAAUUCCUGUCCUCCCGGCUUCAUUCUCCACUCACAUUUUCUCUCCUCAGCACCACAAUUCCCGACCAUUAUUAUUCACUCCAUUACAAGUUCAAUUACCGAUUCGGAGCUUACUUUUUAGUUCGGAAAACUUCAAAUUAGAAGCUUUUGCAGGGAAAUUUUGGGAGGAUAAAAAAAUUGAGCCGUAAAUGUCGGGACCACCGAGGGUAAGGUCGGCUAACAUUGCGACGAAAAUGGAAGCGAGGUCGGUUCUGGGGCCGGCCGGGAACAAGGUUCCGGUAGAACCGGAACCGAAAUCGGUCAAGAAAAGGGAAAAAUCAGUUCAUCUAUUCUCUGAGGGAAAAGACGGAGAGAAGGAUAAAGAGCUGUUAGGUCUACAAAAGGAACCAAUGCCGGCUCCUCAAUCGUUGACUUUGACUGCAUCGAUUUUGAGGCAGCAGGAAAGGAAGGUGGAAAAUUUGUCGAUGAGUUUGUCGUGUUUGUCGGACGGAGGAGCAUCAUCUUCAUCGGCAGGGUCGUCGUCCAGUGGGAAGACUGGCAGAGGAGGCCGACGGGGAGUUGGAGUUGGAGUGAGGAGGAAGCAAAGUGAGCCGAAAGGGGAGGGUGGGGUUAUGGUGGUGGAUUCAGGGGAAGACGGUUGCUUGGAGAACAAGAAAAGGUGUGGGUGGGUCACACCCAAUCCGGAUCUUUGUUAUGUUGCAUUCCACGAUGAAGAAUGGGGAGUUCCAGUUCAUGAUGACAAGAAAUUGUUUGAAUUGCUUAGCUUAUCAGGUGCUUUGGCUGAACUGACAUGGCCUACCAUCCUUGGCAAAAGACAUAUUUUUAGGGAAACCUUUCUGGAGUUUGAUCCAAGGGCUGUUUCAAAACUGAGUGAGAAAAAGAUAAGCGGCCCUGGAAGCCCUCCCAGUUCUCUGCUAUCAGAACCCAAGAUUCGAGGCAUCAUUGAAAAUGCACGUCAAAUAUGCAAGGUAAUAGAUGAGUUUGGGUCAUUUGACAAGUACAUUUGGAGCUUCGUGAACCACAAGCCAAUAGUUGGUCAAUUCCGGUACCCUCGCCAGGUUCCAGUCAAGAGUUCAAAAGCAGAGGCGGUAAGCAAAUAAUGACCA